AUGGAUGAUGAUAUUCCAAAGGGGUUAUGUGGUUGGAGUUGGAAAGAGAACAAAUUGUUUGAGCUAGCUUUAGCUUUAGUUGAUGAGAGGCAUCCAGAAAGGUGGGAGAUGGUUGCAGCAAUGGUUGGAGGAGAAAAGAGUGCAGGUGAAGUUGAAGAACAUUAUGUGAUAUUGUUGGAGGAUUUGGAGCUUAUAGAAUCUGGAAAAUUUGAUCAUAAGUUGUGUGAAGAUUCAUGUGUUCUUGUUGACCUUGCUGAAUCCUUAUGCUUGUAUGAUAAUAUUGAUUAA